GCUGGCCCAAGGCCUGCAAAGGACUGCAGCGAGGUCCCCCGUGGCAGUCCCAGCGGCGUCUACGUCAUCCAGCCCGCAGGGCUGCAUCCCCAUAUGUUGUACUGUGAGAUGAACGUGACGGACGGGGGCUGGAUGGUCAUCCAGAGGAACAGGCAGAGCACGGAGAUCACCUGGGCCGAGUCCUGGAGCACCUACAAGAACGGCUUUGGGAACGUGCGCAUCGAGUACUGGCUGGGCACCGAGUACAUCCAUCAGAUCUCCAAGCAGAAGGUCUACCAGGCCAGGUUUGUCAUCUGGGAUGCCUCAAACAGAAUCAAGUUCGCCGAUUACAACCUGUUCGGUGUGGAAAAUGAGUCCCAGGGCUACCGGCUGCGGCUGGGAACGUACUCGGGGCUGGCAGGGGAUGCCAUGACCUCAAACAGGGCUUCUACCGUGCACGAUAACAUGAAGUUCUCAGCCAAAGAUCAGGAUCAGGACACUUCCAGCAGCAACUGUGCCUCCCGAGGUGGGUGGUGGUACUCGGUGUGUUAUUCUGCACAGCUGAAUGUCAAGGGGGCCAUAACGUGGGGCAGCCUGUGCAGCAGGAACUGCAAAGCUUCUGCCAUCUUCAUCAAACCAGCUCCUCACCAUUAG